AAUUCUAAUACAUUUUCUCACGAAACGGAAGAAAAAAAAUCUUGCAACGAGAGCGGAGCGGACUGGGAACCAGUUGCGGAAAAAAAAAAAAAGGAGAGAUGGAGAUGGCUCGUUGCUCUACGUCUCUAAUGGCGUCUCGGCUCCCGGCGAGGCCCCCCACCCUUCCCCACGCCUCCCUUGCCGCCUCCAGCUCCGUCUUCUUCACCAACGGUGGCAAAGCCGUGGUCGGGAGUAGGCUUGCCGUCGUUGCUAGGCGCCGGCGGCGUGCGUCCGGGGGCCUUGGGUGUCGUUGCCUCUUCGGCCUCGGCGUUCCCGAGCUCGUCGUCAUCGCUGGCGUCGCCGCGCUGGUCUUCGGCCCCAAGAAGCUCCCUGAGAUCGGUCGGAGCAUCGGAAAAACCGUGAAGAGCUUCCAACAGGCAGCUAAAGAGUUUGAAACUGAGUUAAAAAAGGACGGUGAAGAUGCUAGCAAACCGCCGCCUCCAGCUGAGAGUCCCAAAGCUGUUAGCAGUGAAGAUGAGAAAAAAGAACUGGAAGCAUCGGGCACCAAAGAGACUUCGUGAAACGGGACUAUGAUCCAUCUGUUUCCCAAGGUGAUUUGUUGCUUCAAUGUUGUAUCAGCAGGCUUUAUUAAGUAGGCUUUUUUAAAUUAAAUUUCCUCGUGCAGCAGACAUGGACCUGUAUAUAAGUUAAGGACCGGGUUUCUUGUAGUUACUGAGACAUUAUGCAUGGAGGUUCCUAAUUGCACAUCGAAGAAUGUGGUGCCAGCCUGCUGUUGCAUCUGGUUUCAUCAGCCAGAAAUUAUAGUAAAAUCAGACUGAUUUGCAAUAGAAAAAUACUCGAAAAAUUGUUUAGAG